UGACAAGGCAAAAUCUUAGUCUUGAUAAUGGCGGGAAACUGGCAGUUCUGGUAAAUCAUCUGCAUACUGGUUUAUACGCGAUGUUGAUACGGUGGAAAUUACAAGAUGUUGAAAGAACAAGCAGCUCUUUAACUUCUGGAGGCAAAUUACAAAAACACCUCGGCAAAGGAGAGAGAUCAUACUGCAGGAUUUAUGGCACUCAAUCCCCAGAAUUUGUCGGGUUCUUUCAAGCUAAUUUCAUAGGGUGUGAAUUUGACAUGCUGCAAGUCUGCAAGAGACUAGCAAUGUCACACACAGAGAUGAAGCAUCACUUCCAGGUGGUGGUAGAGAUGCAGUGGUGCCCGUGGUUGGGGCUGGUAGUGAUGAGGAUCCCGCUGGACUGGAGGUUGGGCCGAUGUAAGUCACCGACGGUGACUGCUAAUUUUUUGCCCUGACAGCAAUGGUCGCCCUUAGGAAAGGUGUGGACGAAGUAAUACUCCUGGCAUGGUCAAGGGAAAAGGUGGUCGGUCCGUUGGUAAGGUGAUGAACGAAGAAGCAGCACCCUAUAAGAUUUCGCCAGAGCAUCAUUAACCACCAUUGAUAGUUUUGCUCUUACAGACAUGAGAUGUCUAUGACCUCGGCCUGAAUUAUUAAAUCCUUGUCUAACAUGUUGACAUGGACUUCUCUGAAGCAGGAGAUAGGAAGUAGACAAGAACUGAGAAUAGAAGGGCAAACUUUCCUGGUCGAUAGGACUCCAAAAAAUAACAAACAAAGCAAGAACUUGCAAUGAUCCCCAAGCUAUAAAAGAUCAAAUAACAGGGACUUUUUAAAAUUCUUUUACACUACUCUUGCAUUAGAAAUCAUCAGUUAACAACUUAGCAUAUUGCCAACAGAUGAUGGAUUCAGUCUAACCAGAUGCCACGCAUCUCGGACACCACCAUAAUUCAAAAUCUGGGAAAAGCAGAACAUGGAAAUUUUCAUUCCAGGACCAGGGUCAUAUGAGGACCAGGUAGAUAAGCAACCGUUGAUUUUAUGGGUAUCACUUGAGUCUUACAAGAUCAACGGCUGUGAUGCAUUCGUUCCAGUGGAUCCCAACUUGAGCAAGAACAAGAAUUUGCCAACAAGACAUCAUUUCUUACUUUUUCCAUAUGGUAAUUGUAAUAUCUCAAAAAAAAUUGUUGAUGUGUUUUGGUGUUGUUUCCUCUUUCUGACCGAAGUUGAUGCUAUCUGAUCCACGUGAAUUUCAUCGUUAU